AUGACUUUCUUGUAUCAUCGGUGGUACAACGAUGACUUUACUAUAGCGAAUACGCCUAGUGGGAGCUUUCGUGAUGUCUGCAUGACUUGGUCCUAUACGGAUCCUCGUAUCAAGGAAACGACCCUCAUUUUUCUUCUUUCUCCCUCGGUUGCCCUCACCGAAGGAGCUGAGGGUUUCGUGGAACAUGGACUACAUGCGCUUAAAAUAGUUCACAUUAGAGGUGCAACCUCCCAACCAAGCAAAGGGGAGGUGGAAGAGGUAGUUUGCUGCACAGUGGUUGAAAUUGUUGGCUCCAUCCCUGAUGGCGUUGUCCACGGUACAGGAGGCGUGAUUUUCCUGUCAACGCGGCAUUUUCUAUUUCACAUUCCGACCGGGGAACAGAGCCGUACCGGUGGAAAGGAAAGGGAAGACGCACUUGACCACUUUGUGUUUACGGAGAAGAAUAGUUGGGAACGGCGGUGCGGCGUCGUUCGACCUCUUUAUGACGUGGAGCCCAUACGCCAUGUUCUUUAUGGAGCUGAAGGUAACAAAAGUCCUGUGCUUCAUAUCGUAACAGUGGUCUCACAGCCUUCACCAUCCAGUGUGUCAAUGCAGAGUGCUGUUGUUGAUCUUUUAGUGGUGGCAUCUAGCAGGGACGAAAGGGACAUCUCUCAGUACUCGCGAACGGAGCAGGGCCUGCUAGGAAAGACAAUCAGUCGGUGGCGCGGCAGUUCAAAAGCGUCCGGUGACUCCUCGGUUGCCGUUACGCAUACUUUUGUGGUAGCGGUGGUACGGUGCGAGAUUUCAACAUCUGCCGACCGUCCAGCGGCGUGGAAACUGCUCCACCUCCACGUUGACCGCAAUGUCCCAUUCCAGAGGCGCCUGGAGGAGUUGACAGGGAGGGAAGACUUGUGUGGUGUUGGUUGUGAUCGGAAGGGAAGUAACGCCACCGCCGCCCACAUGGAUCCGAGUAAGUGUGUUUGGUGUUACCUUCCGAACGAGGGUGGAGCGCGUGCGGGGUAUUGUGGCCUCGUAUUUGCUUUGGUGCCGCAUAAGCCGUCAACCAAACUCACGUUAGUUUGCGGUAGUUAUGACCCGUCGGGGCAGUCCUACCGGGUUGGUUUUGUGAAGGGAGACGAUGCGCAUGGGGUGGGCCCGCCCCUCUACGAAGAGAGGGAUAAUACGGAGGAGAUGCUGUGGAGCCUUGCCGAAGGCACUCACACGGUGCAGAUGGUCAUGAUUGGUAGACCGAACGAAGCCCUGCACGAUAAUGAAGGUACAUGCGGAGGAGCCAACUUUCAAGGUCGUGAAGGGCUUCGUGCUCAGUGGAGGAAAAGCGCCAGCUCCUCCACCUGGAUGCGGAAGUCCGGUUUAGCAACCGUGCUUAGCUUUGUGGUAGACUUUGUUGACGAUGGGUUACAUAAGAGCAGAAAUCUACGGCAGGGUCUCCAUGUCGCUGUUUGUACGGCGUGGGAACGCAACCGACACGGUCGCUUUCCACUACCCCGUACGGUUUGUUGGUUAGGUACCAUCCCUCUACCUAUUGGACAAGCUGCCACUUCCGCCGUGUUGUUUCAUGCUGAAGGCAACGACGAGGGAAUGAAUGUGUGGCGUAUGAUGGAUCGGGUGAAUCUGUCGGACUGUGCGGCUGUUUGUGAUGACACCGUUUCGUGGUAUCAUGCCUUGCCAACGUCCGUUGUCCCAACCGUCGCCGCCCCCGUGAGCCGGACCAACUUGCGGUGUUUUGUCAGUGUGAAUACAUUGCUAAAAAAAACACAACUCACUUAUGUGCUUGACACACGUUUUGUCGAAGAAAAAACAUGUGAGGAACAGCGGCCAUCUUUACUGUCAUCACUGGAACUGUCAAAAUUGUUCUACACGCGCCCAGCGAUCGCGGAGGAAGGACACGGAGCGAUGUACAACCGAGGAGCGACCAGCGAUGACUGCGCGGACCUAGCCGCGUACGUAGCCCGUAGUGUGGCGAGUUCCUCUGGACCUCUCAUGGUGGCACACAUUUUUAACGAGGCGUGGAGGAGUGUGGCGCUAGUGAAGCACCCAGAAACUGCCGUCCACGCGCAUGAUGGUGUUGCACGUGAUGGAUUGCUACCUUCGACAGAUGGAGAGAUGAUUGCGCUUGGUGAUACUGUGUGCCACUUCUUGUUGUUGGUUUUACAGGAGCUAGAUUGGAUCAAUUCCCCUCAGAACACCAGGCUCCACAUCCUGGUGUUAAGUAUUCUUGAGGCUGUGUAUGCAGAACCGCAGUUACCACCGUCGUCGAGGUGUUUUGAGGAGGCAACUAAUGGGGGCGGGAAGACACAGAUGCUGCUCGUCGGGGUGAAUGAACAGCGCACCGUGCGAUUGCUGCUUCAGGGAAGCGGUAUGUGGCGACGGGUUGCACCUAUGCUGUUCGCUUGGGCGAACUACCGCUUUUACGGUAACGGGUGUGAAAAUGAACUGGAAGAAGAUAGUGACUCCCUAUUUGAAGAUACUCUACGUCCGUUUAUUGAAGGCUGGGAGAAACAAGAGAAUAUGGCGGGAUUUGACUCACAUGCUUGCACUGCUUCCUGCAAUAACGAUAGCGAAAGCGGCGAAAGUUGCCUUAUUCUGAAACGGUGCGAUGUGAUACUGCGGCACCUACAACACUCUCAAGAUUGUGACAAAUACAGAAGUGCUGUGGCUGCCCUCUUCCGAGGCGGCGUGAGCUUGAAUCGAGUCACUGCACUUGCCUCAUGGGCGGGCGAUGUGCAAGCCGUCGACCCGGCCGUCCUUUUGUUUCAGCUGCUACUGGAAGUAUGCACACAGUGCGAGGAGCAUGUGCAGUUGGCUGCCGCGGUUGACCGGGAGACGAUAUGCCAAUUGACUGCCUUAGUGAUGCAGUCACGCUUACCGCCUGUAGAUACGGUUAAAAAUGAUGAGAAUUCCCUACCCGCGGCGCCAGAUGUCCUUCACUCAAUGUCAGAGGUGCUCAGUUCGUGGAAUUUUGAACUUCUUCGUGAUUGGCCUCUGGGGGGCACAUGCGGAGCCCUUCCCGUGGUGUAUCUCUUCUAUCACAUGGUGGGUGCGCUUAUGGCCUCUCCAUGUGACAAUAUGGAAGAUAGAAGGGAGAGAUGUAACAUUAUUACCCAUUCUGUGAUGUUGCUGCAAUGGCUCUGUGGGGACGACGCGAGACAAUCCACCGAAGUCUUCGGGGCACUGAUUUCAGGUAAGGUUCCUCUUGUAGCACUUUGCACUGUGGGUGGAUUCGCUGUACAAGCUGGUUGUGCACCGUCCUCUGGGGUGCCCCCAUGCGACGCCGUCGCGCGCCGCAGUUUUAACAGAGUACUUUACCAUCUUUUUGUGUCUCCCACGACAUCUGUUUUGCCGCAGUUACUGCUUGCUGAAUUCGGUAUAUCUUACGAUUAUGUCUCUCACGAAAAGAUUGGAUUCAGCGUAUGGAAACGUGUGCUGGAGGGCGAUGUCGCGGCAGCGUUCAGCUCACGUCUCCUUAACCAACUGCACAAAUCCCUUGGUUCCUUCAGUAACAAGAAGCAUCCAACUCGUGCGGUUCAGGUAUCGUUGCUACUUGAGUAUCUUCGAUCCGUUUUUAUGGUAAGUUUGCCUCGGCUGGUGAUGGCGCUCGGCGAAUCGGAGGAAAUCGUGGAAAUUGCACUGGGCUCAACCAUACCAUCCUUCAUCAUGUCAGAAUUAUCCGUAGACCCCGUUCCGCCAGUGGAGGGAUGUGACAAUGUUACGUGCGUUUUUUUCAAUGUUACUCGUGAAGUGAAGAAGUUACUGCAUUUGUACAUGGAAGGAAGCGGUGAAGUGCGCUGUCUGGCGAUGCUUUUCGGCGUUUUCUGUGACUCCUGCAAGUCAUUGCUCGGACACGUUGACGACACAGAAAAUGUGCGGGACAGCGCUCAGCCUGGCGGCGUAGAGAGGGAACAGAGUAUGUUCACUUUCACUUUACAGGAGAUGUACUUCAUAUCUCUUCAGGUGCUCUCAAGUGAUAUGGGUAGGUUUGUGGUUGUUGCAGAGCUUAUCCGUCGGAGUGUUCGGCGCCAGGCAGUGCGUGACCUGGAGAAAUCGCUCCACCGGUUCGAUGCCUCUUGGUUGAACAAUAGUUCGCGUCUCCAGGAAUUCAUAAGUAGUGCAGUCGCCAACCUAGAUGGAGUUGUAUCUUCUUUAGAAAGCGUGGCACCUCUUUAUGCACACACACUGGUGAUGAUAUUCCUUGAUGAACUUGUGUUGCUUGCUGGAGAGACGACUGAAGCAGUUGGGAGAGUUGUCGCUUCUCCAUCGAUUCCACAUGAGCAAGGAGAAGGGUAUUAUAAGGGUGAGGUUAUUGUGGACUUGAACGAUAAGUUGACCAAGUGCGUCAAACAGAUGGCGGCUGAGAAAUGGAAAGGCCUGAGGAAAGAAGACAGGCGUCUCAUUGCACGUGUGCUCUCCAGUUGCCUUGUUCCUUCUUCUGAUGAAGCCUUUGGGGACGGAGGCUACGAGGAGAGUGAUGUGCAUUUGCAGAUGCGCGACGUGAAAGUUCGUAUGUCGAAGUCCCUGCAACGUCGUACCAUUGACCCCACUGUGAUGGGCAUCGUUGUUGGCGAGGCGUCCGCCAAUGAAAGCGAUAAGUUUCCUGUGGAACUGAGGCGCAAUAACGACUCAGAUGGUGUUUUGAAGGUGGGGGGUGAUGCAGAAAGAGCCGAAUUCGCCCUACUGGUAAAGGAGGAGGCGUAUGUGAGGCGGAAACUGAAGGGUCAGCUUCUUGAUAGCUACGCGGAACUAAUCAAUGGCAAUGGGGUUCAUGAUUCACUGGCGAUUUUGUAUUUGGCACUACGUGAGGAGCAGCGACGCCGCCGCUUCGUUGAGUAUGUGACUGAAUGCAAGGAUUUCGUUCUCGAUUUCGCUAUUUCCCUUCACAUGCUCAUGCGUGAGUACUACAAUGAGGGUGUUUACCACCUCCAGGAGAAGGCCUUAAGGGAAAUGGAGAGGCGCGUAGGACUUCUUCUCCUUCAAGAGCGUGAGGCGCGGACGGCUAUUGAGGCGGUGCAUUCUGUAGGUCGGGAUAUUUACUUCUGUUGGGAAAAAGAGCAAAGAUCCCUAUUUGAGGGUGAAAGUCGGUGCCGUUUGGCUAUGUUAGAAGAUGAGGAGAAUACUCGCGACGCCAUUUACGAGCACUUUGCAAAGGAGGAGGUAGCGGUCGUGCGGCGGUGCGAAGAGCGACUCGAGGAAGAAGCUUGGCGCCAGGAGGAAGAGCAGUGGGCCCUUGAGAUGAAGCAGCGGGAAGAUGAAGAGGUGAGUGCAGCACGCACGCAGAAUAAGAAACCAUCGGAGGGUAAGCGAACAGGUACAAGUGCGUUUACGCGGUGGCAAGAGCGCCGACUCCAAAUGGUGAUGGUGCAUGAGGAGGUUUCCGAACCCAUGGAACAGGAACGGUGUCCCACAUCGUCGAUUACUGAGGCGGAAGCGCUACCGACAACGAAACCGGAAAUUUUACCGAGAGAGAGAACAACAGCCUUUGUGCAAGAUCCUGUGGAGGCCCUCACGUCGCUCGUGAGGACCGAACCAACUGAGGAGUCCGUGGACGGUAGAGGUUACAGUGCGCUGUUUGACUCAUCAGAGUCCCUGUUUGGUGCCAUUUCGCGGUUUCAGCAGCAGAUAAUAUCCACAGUGGCACCUCCUCCAUUGUCAGUGGCGAAACAGAAGGAGCAGGAGCAGGGAGGGGAGAUGCCGCACCAAAGCCCCACCGAACUGACUGCAAAUCCCCAUUCUUCAACACAAACACAGCAACCGGUGGGGUCGGAGUGGGAGUGGGGAUGGGAUGAGGUGCCUGACGAUGCGGGUGGCUCAUGGAAGGUGAGUCGAAAUGACUGUAAGACUGGUGUUGCCACUGAAAAUUAUUUGACCACGAGGAUACCAGAUGAGAAGAAAGAAGAGUUCUCAGAGAAAAUUAUCAAGUUAGAGGCAUUGUCCAAAGCAGUUAAACCUCGACCACAGCGGCGGCGCCCAUUUGGUGGCGUAGUCAACCUCCAUGCAAAGCCGACAGAAGGUAAAGUGAGCCCAAUAAACGACAGUAUUCCCGAAACUGGACAGGAAGAACAGCAAAUUGGUGAAAUAUCUCUAAGGAGCGCCGAUGAGGGUCAUGCAAAGGAAGUGAGCACGCUGCUCACAUCGACUGAAAUGUGGAACGCCAAAGGAGAGGAGCUACACCCCUUUUCGGCAACCGUAGGUGAACCACUGGAUGUGGCGACUUCGUCUUUAUGGGUCGGAGAGCAUCAAAUGAAUUUAGCCGUUAGCGAUGUGUGUGAGGAGGUGGUGUGUCACACGGAGUAUCUUCCCAAGGAUAGCUUGGAAAUGAGUAGUGUGAUUCUCUCGCUUAGCAGCUUCCACGUAAUGCAAGAAGAGGAAGGAGGUGCCCGCCUUGCGCUUCUCAACGAAGAGCGGAUCGGACGUGUUUUUCUCAACCGUCGACUAGUUAUGGGAUUGUGA